UUCAAUUCAGGAUCAUCACUUCUCACCGCCACUUACAAUUUAUUCCAUUUUUCAUCAUCGCCCUAUAAUACGAUCUUUGACGAUGAGCGUAAUCACAUUCAUUGCAAAGGCUAUAAUUCUACUCUGGACCAACGAUCUCGCGGAAAGCAACAUAUAAAUAGAGCACCAAGACUUUAGAAGGUCUCCUCACAGCUGCCUCCUCCCUAAACCAUGUCGCACUCAAAUUCAAACAGCUUCACUAUACGCUGUGAACUUGCAAAUCAUACUGUCUGGAAAGCUUUGAGCUCAAGGGCAAUUCCCCGAACUUCCUCGGUCGUCAUCCUGCCAACACUCAAAGGACUUUCAGAGCAAUUGAGCGUACCGGAAAUUCUUCCAUCAGGAGUCUCAUCCGGUUCAAGAGCAGACUUAAAGACAGCCGACCAGCAAGCUAUGGUGGAAAGAGAUUUGAUUGAUGCUUUGUGUAAAAUGAAGGAAUUGAAGCAUUUCACAUGGAGACAUGAUGCUGGGCCUGUUCUUCAUGAGGAGCUGUGGUCGACAUUGAAGGACUUGGGGGUUUCCUCUCUAAGAUUUAUCGACCGCAAAGCCUGUGACUUUGUCGGAGACUCAGGAUACUAUCGUUCUAUUUUCGAAUCUCCUACGUUCUGGACUUUCGCCAAGCUCACGUCCCUAGAACUGGAGACCAGUUUUCUGGCAGGACUUGAUGCUGAAGAUGACAUGAAGUACAUGCCUUCGUUGAUUAAAUUGCUCGAAAAUAACGCCGAAACUUUGGAGGCAUUCAAUCUCUCUUUUCGCGACCCAGAUGCGCUAGUCGAUGUCACUUCGAUACUGUCCCAGGUCACUUUCACACGUCUUCGCGAAAUUACUUUCCGAAGAGCUUCCUGCACGCCCCAAUCACUGUCCAAAUUCCUUUCUGCCCAUCCGUCCAUCGUCAGCCUGUCAUUGUCACCGAUGAUGGCAGGGCGCCGCUGGGAGCAGUUGUCAGUUUCAGCAGACUCUUUACCAAAUCUCAUGCACCUCAAUUGCUCUCCAUUUCACGCUGGAAAGAUCCUGGAUGGCUCAGAAUCAUCUCCGCGCCCGCUGUUCUGUUUAACCGGCAUUGAUGUCCGGCAAACUAUCAAACUAUCCGACUACUUUGAUGUUGAUAAACAGGAUGCAUACGCUGAUGACGAGGAAAUCGCGGAAAUAGACACGUACGAAGCAGAACAACUAAUCACAGCCCCGUGGAAGGAUGAGCUUUUCUCCAAGCUCAAAUCUUCUAAACAAAUCACACAUGUGGCACUGAACGAGACCGAUGGACCAAAGGAUCUAGAGGUCCUGGCGGAACUGAUGCCCCAAAUACGGUGGAUUGACGUUAGUACUAAGCGGAAGGAUGCAGCAUCUAAGGAAUCUUGGUUCAAGUAUCUCUCCAAAUUGACUGAGCUUCGUACAUUGCACAUGCGAGGGACUGGCCUGUAUUUGAAUUACUUACCUGGACAAGAAAAACUCGGUACUGAAAUCGAGAACGACAUUCGCGCCUUGGCACAAAGUUGUCCUAAAAUUGUAGCAUAUGAAGACUACGACGAUUCGGUCAUUAUUACUCGUGAGGGGAAGCUGUCGUUACAAGUCGAGCCAAGAGUGGUGCCCAAAGAUCGGUUGAAGGAUGGAUUUCUGUGGCCAUCGGAAAGUUUUGUUAGGGCCACAUCUAGGAAAAAUGCAGGACCAAAUCAGCCAGGGCCUGCAGUUGCAGAUGUUGGGUAUACUUGAAAUGAACUCAGAUUGAUGUACUAUGUACAUACUGUACCUCUCGCAUGAAAAAAUGUGUAAGGACUUUUCGU